UUUUGUUUAUUUUUUUUACAGCGCUUAGAUAUAUAUUUAUUUCUGUUUUUCUAUUAAUUUAUGAGUUAAAAACAAUCAUUUGCACAGCUUAACGGAUACUGUAAAAAUUGUUACACGGCAUAUCACAGCGAAAGCACGUCAUAUAUUGUUCACUGAGCCAUAAGGUCAAAUAUUUACGUGUAGGAAAUUUAAAAUAACAAAGAUGCUAUCUUUAAAAUGCGAAUAGACGCCUGCUUAGCAUGAAGAAAUUGUAUAACAAUUGUUAAUGUUUGAAAAAGAAAACUGUUACUUGAAGUCGCAAAUACUUACAUAGAACAAACGCAGUUACUAUCAGUAUCAAUAUCGCAGCGUUCAAGUUGAAGUUUUAAAAUGGAAAACGUAAAAAAAAUUAUACUUAUCAGUGGCAAAAGAAAAUCCGGGAAAGAUCACAUAUCGGCUACGCUACAAAAUAUAGUUAGAGAUCGUUCCCAGAUAGUACGAAUUUCCGAACCCAUAAAGACUGAGUGGGCAAAACGUCUCAAUCUCAAUUUGAACGAAUUAUUAAGUGACGGUCCUUAUAAGGAAAAAUAUCGUAAAGAUAUGAUAGAGUGGAGCGAAGAUGUGCGUGCCAAAGAUUACGGAUAUUUUUGUCGGGCAGCGAUGUUGCAUGCUCAUACCGAAAUAAUCAUUGUUAGUGAUAUAAGACGCAAAACUGAUAUUAAAUAUUUCCUCGAAACAUACGGUACGCUCGUACAUACAGUACGGAUUAUGGCAAAAGAUGAAAUACGCAUCGAACGAGGUUGGCAUUUCACAAAAGGUGUUGAUGAUGUGGCAUCAGAAUGUGAUUUGGAUGAUUAUACACAAUGGGAUAUAGUAUUGCAAAAUAACUACGCUGAGGACAGUGAAGCGGGUAUUAAAGCUUUAAGGGAGAAAUUUGAAUUUUGAAUAUAAUUUUCUUUUAUUGUUUCAACAUUUAUGGUAGAAAUCAAAGUUGGUGUUUUAUAGUCUAAGGGAUAAUUGUUGUAUAAAAAAAAACUGAUCUGACAUAUAAUUAGUAUGGUACAUUAUAUAGUACUCCGUAACUAUAGUUUUAUCUCGCACAAAGUAAGCGUCUGCGGCGCCAAUGAUAAAUAAGAAUUUUGUUAUUUAAGGGGGCAAUAUGGUUUGAAACUUCAAAAAAGGUCUACAUUAUUAAUAUUAUAUUAUAUAUUUUUUAUAUAAAAGUACAAAACCUCGGGAAUAUUUUGUGAAAAUUUCAUUUCGAUCGGACUAAAACUCGCUGAGAUAUAGAUUAUCUCGUAAUAGUGCUCAGGGCAAUUCCAAUUGCUUUUAAAACUUUUCUCAAAACUAAAACUUAAAACCUUUUUCAGCCUCGGAAACCAUCCUGCCCCCUUAAGCUAGCUCAAUUUUUUUAUUAUUGUAAAAGUAGGAAACAUUAAACAAACAAAUGGAUUGGUAUAUGAUAAACACAAUAUAAUUCCAAUAAAAAGAAAAUAUUGUUAUUAAAUUCUUUUAAACGUUCGUUUUUAUUUGGGUAUAUUCUUCGGACGGAUGAGAAAAUUUGUCGAACUGAACCGAUAAAUUCAAAAAUAUUAGGCUUUGCAUUUAUGUGUGUCUGCAUACAUGUAUAUUUUACCAAAAUUAAAGAUAUCCUUAACUUGUUUUGCUUCUAGAAAAUUUUAAGUUAUUUAUUUUAUAUAUUUAAAUUUAGAAAAAAAAGAAAGACUCUGUUUGUCGCAGUGUUAUUGCUCUAUUUAAUAACGUUACAAACAUAUAUAAAACUAAUUAUAUCCAAUAAUAAAAAUAUGUUUUUAUUUUCAAACACUAUUUACAUACAAUAAAAAGGUCAUUGUUUCACACUGACUAACCAUACAUAUGUAUAUCUUUAGUAGAUAAGACAUAUUUAAAAAUGA